AUGGUCAUAGAUGGUGUUCCAUACAAUCUGAUAAGGAGGGGAUUUUCAGAAUAUGUCGUGGAACAUUGGAAGGAGGACUUGUUCUUUGGGUAUCAGUUCAUGAAUGGCUCAAACCCACGAAUGAUCCAGAGGUGCAGGAGUCUGCCUUCCAACUUUCCUGUUUCUGGAGAUAUGGUGCAGGCCUUCCUAAGCCCUAAAACUACUCUGAACAAAGAGCUCAAGGCUGGAAAUGUUUAUCUUGUUGACCAUUCAGUAUUGAAAGAUAUCACUGCAAAUGUCAUCAAAGGAAAAAAACAGUACAUAGCAGCUCCUUUGUGCUUACUAUAUGAGCAUCCAGAAAAAGGCCUUAUUCCGAUAGCCAUACAGGUACUUGAGCAGAAUCCAAGCAGGGACACCCCAAUUUACCUACCAAAUGACCCACCCCUUGCCUGGUUAUUGGCUAAAAUAUGGGUUCGUCAUGCAGAGUUCCAGAUUUUCCAAGUUGUGUCUCAUCUGCUGCGCACUCACCUUGUGGCUGAGGUGUUCUGUGUGGCCACACUGCGCCAACUCCCUUUAGUCCACCCAAUAUACAAACUGCUCACUCCUCAUCUGAGGUACACACUAGAGAUAAAUACUCGUGCACGCACAAAGCUUAUCUCUGAUGAUGGCAUCUUUAAAAAGGUGGUGUCUACAGGUGGUGAUGGACUGCUGAUGCUGGCUCAAAGAGAGUAUAAGGUCCUGACCUAUCGCUCCCUCCAACCCCAACUUGACUUUGCUGACCGCGAUGUUACUAAACUCAAAAACUACUACUACAGAGAUCAUGCUCUGAUGCUCUGGGAUGCCAUUCACAACUUUGUAUCCAGCAUGGUCUCUUUGUACUACAAUAGUGACCAAGAGGUGGAGCAGGACUCUGAACUACAGGCAUGGAUUAAGGAUGUGGUUGAGGAAGGCUUUGUGGACGCGAUCCAUGGUGUAAGAAGUAUAUCAAAAACACAACACAGUGUGAUUAUAUUUACUGCUUCAGCACAACAUGCAGCGAUAAACAAUGGACAGUUUGAUUAUUGUUCCUGGGUACCCAACACAACUUGCACCAUGCGUCAGCCUCCACCCAAGGACAAGGAUGCUGUCACUAUGGAACUAAUCAUGGACUCACUCCCAGAUAUCGGCCAGUCAUGUAUGGAGUUGGCAAUCACAUGGGUUUUGGGAAGGCUUCAGCCAGACGCAAAAUUUCUGGCAGAUUAUAAAGAUGAGUACUUUACAGAGCCAAAAGCCCAAAAGGUGAUUGACAGGUUCAGGGAGGAGCUAAAGGACAUUGAUGAGCAGAUCCAGGAUCAGAACAAGGGCCUUGAACCUCCAUAUCUUUAUCUCUGUCCUAGCCGAGUAGAGAACAGCAUUACUAUAUAG